AUGGCGAAAACUCGACCUGGUGUUGCCCCUUCGAAGAACAAACCAGGAAGGAAAGAUAUCGACGCGUAUACUAUCAAAGGCACCAACAAAAUUGUUAGAGUGGGAGAUUGUGUUUUGAUGCGUCCUUCGGAUGCUGGUAAGCCUCCGUAUGUGGCGCGUAUUGAGAAGAUUGAAGCGGAUGCGAGGAACAAUGUGAAAGUGCAUUGUCGAUGGUAUUACCGUCCUGAGGAAUCACUUGGGGGAAGGAGACAGUUCCAUGGAGCUAAAGAGCUUUUCUUGUCUGAUCAUUAUGAUGUUCAGAGUGCACAUACCAUCGAAGGAAAAUGCAUCGUUCACACCUUUAAAAACUAUACAAAGCUUGAGAACGUUGGAACGGAAGAUUAUUAUUGUAGAUUUGAGUAUAAAGCUGCUACUGGUGCAUUUACCCCUGAUCGAGUUGCUGUGUAUUGCAAAUGUGAAAUGCCGUAUAAUCCAGAUGAUCUGAUGGUGCAAUGCGAAGGGUGCAAGGACUGGUAUCACCCAGCUUGUGUAGGCAUGACGAUUGAAGAAGCCAAGAAGCUGGAACACUUUGCAUGUACUGAAUGCAGCUCUGAUGAGGACGUCAAAAGAUCUCAGAACGGGUUUUCUUCAUCGCCACUCGAUGAUCUAAAGGUGGAAGCCAAGCGCCGAAAAAGAUGA